AUGAAGCUGAACGUCAUAGUGAUCAUGAUAACUAUUUGCUGGCUACUUCCGGCGCUGGGCUGGGCGUUACCCAUGCUGUUUUUCGACUGGGGAUACAUCGGCAUCGAGGACUACGUCAUGUGCUCGUCGGUUGGCGCCUGUCCGUUCAUCGUCAACGUCACCCUGAAUCUCGUCGACAGUAUACCCGGGUUUUUCAUCCCUUCGGCCAUCAUGGUCAUCUGCUACUGGCGAAUCUUCGUGGCCGCCAAAAGACACGCCAGGGCCAUCAGAGACAUUCCUUACCACCAGGAGGCCAACAGCCAGUAUGGCAGCACCGCGUCCAAGUCGUUCAAGAAAGAGACGAAAGCAGCCUUCACCCUUGGGAUUGUCAUAGGCUGUUUCUUCGUGUGUUGGUGUCCCUUCUUUCUAACGUACCUCGUGGAUGCUCUGAUCGGCUACAGGGUCCCGAUCAUCAUAAAGCUUAUUGUGUUGUGGCUGGGCUAUCUCAACUCCACGAUGAACCCGGUUCUCUACUACAUCAGUAACAAAGACUUCAAGGUGGCCUACAAGAUGCUCUUUGGUUGUAAUAUACAGCAGAGUCUGCUUGACACCAGUUUCGAUCUCAGAAACAGCUGA